AUGUCUGAGGGGGAAUGCUCCAGCCAAACCUCAUUAGAUUACAGGAGGCCAGAUCUUCAGCAUCAGGCCCCAGACAGCUGCAGUCCAACCCAGGAGCAGAAGCUGAAGGAAGCCCAGCUGAUCCUGGAUCAGUGGGCCUGGAGUCUCCAGUCACUGCCAAAGGGCUCUGUGUGUCCAGAGGAGGAUGUGAGUGCAGUUCUGCAGGAGCUAGAGAAACAGUGGAAGAAAGGCCGGCUGCCCAACAUGCUCCCAGUCCUGGAGUUCAUCAUGUGGAGCCUGAUCCAGGAUCAGUCCCAGCAGGGAUAUGUACCUCAGCUCUGGCUCAGAAGUAAACAGAAGUUUGAGAAUGGAGCUGAUAUUAUUCUAGAUCCAAAAACUGCUAAUCCAGAUCUGAUACUGUCCUCAGACAGAAAAAGGGUGAAAAUGAACACCAUCAUAGAGAGUGUACACAACCCCAGAGACAAAUGCUGCAGGAAACCUCAUAAGUAUGAUGGGUGGCAGUGUGUGCUGGGAACAGAGGGCUUCACCUCUGGGAGACAUUACUGGGAGGUGGGGGUUAAAGGAAAGACAGAAUGGAGGAUUGGAGUGGUGAAGGAGUCUGCAGAGCAUAGAGUCUCCAUUGCACUAAACACACAGACAGGCUACUGGAUAUUACAUCUGCAGCUUGGGGUGCUCAUGGCUGUAACCACACCAGUCUGUAAACUCCCACAGUCAAUUCCCUCCAGGGUGGGGGUGUACCUGGAUAUAGAGGAGGGGCAGCUCUCCUUCUAUGAUGUCAAGAGAAGGUGCCACAUCUACACCUUCAAUGACAGCUUCACUGAGAAAGUCUACCCACUGUUUGGAACAGUAGAAACGGACAGAGAGAUUAUUAUCAAAGACUUCUAA